CCGCAAGUUGCCCCUAUCAGGUUAAAGGCUAGGAGGGUCCCAUUUGCCCUUAAGCCAAAGAUUGACAGGGAAUUGGACAAGCUAGUUAGCCAGGGAAUACUAGUGCCCGUUGACCAUGCGAAAUGGGAGACACCCAUAGUGACCCCAGUCAAACCGGACGGAUCGGUCCGGAUUUGUGCUGACUACAAGGCAACGCUAAACAAAGCGUUGCAAAAGAGUGCAUACCCCGUUCCAGUGGUGCAACACUUGCUGCACUCGUUGGGACAAGGGCAAGUUUUCGCCAAACUCGAUUUGGCUCAAGCCUACCAGCAGUUACCCGUAGAUAGCAGCACAGCCGAGGCGCAGACAAUUGUCACGCACCGGGGGGCUUUCAAAUGCACUCGACUCCAGUUCGGAGUUAGUGUGGCCCCAGGGCUAUUUCAAAACCUAAUGGAGCGACUAUUACAGGGUUUACCUGGGGUGGUGCCUUAUUUCGAUGAUGUAUUGGUAUCAGCUGAGAACUUAGGGGAACUGGGAGUGAGACUAAGGAAGGUUUUGGGCAUUUUCCGGUCUGCCGGGCUUAAAGUUAAGCUUAACAAAUGCCAAAUUGGGGUAGAAUCCGUGGAAUUCCUAGGCUACCGCAUAGACAGGGAAGGGAUUCACCCCACUGAGAGCAAGGUAAGGGCCAUCAGGAAGGCCCCAGCUCCCAAAAAUAAAACGGAGUUACAAGCAUUCUUAGGUCUUGUCAACUUCUAUGCGGUAUUCUUAAAACACAAGGCAACAAUAGCCGAACCGCUACACAAAUUACUGGCAAAGAAAGCUGUUUGGUCCUGGGGGAAGGCGGAAGCUAGGGCAUUCGAAGGGGUAAAAAACCUCUUGUCUAGCGAUAGCCUCCUCAUUCAAUAUAAUGGCACGUUGCCAUUAGUACUAGUUUGUGAUGCAUCUCCCUAUGGGGUGGGGGCUGUGCUCAGCCACAGAUUGCCGAAUGGAACGGAAGCCCCUAUAGCAUAUUACUCCCGAACAAUGUCCCAGGCCGAAAGGAACUAUAGCCAGCUAGAUAGGGAAGCAUUGGCAAUAGUCUCCGGGGUGAAGAAAUUCCACGAAUACGUUUUCGGACGAGACUUCGAGAUAGUCACGGACCAUAGACCCUUACUAGCUGACCCGUUGGACUAUUUUUCUAGGGGGUGUCUGUUAUGGGGGGAUAGAGUGGUCAUUCCAGAAAAACUACGGAAAAAUGUAUUGGAACUAUUGCAUGAGGGCCACCCGGGAAUCGUGAGGCUGAAGAGUCUAGCGAGGAGUUAUGUUUGGUGGCCCUUGAUGGAUCAGGAAAUCAGCGACAGGGUAGGGAAAUGCCAACCCUGCCAAGAGUCACGGCCACUACCCCCUACAGCCCCAAUUAGAGAGUGGGAGAAACCCCAGGGGCCAUGGUCCAGAAUUCACAUUGAUUUUGCCGGCCCGUUCCACGGGCAAACCUUUUUAAUUGUAGUAGAUGCCUACUCAAAAUGGUUAGAGAUUAUCCUCAUGAGAUCCAUGACGGCUGAGGCAGUCAUCUCAGUCCUAAGGCACCUGUUUGUAACCCAUGGGUUACCUGACACCCUGGUCUCCGACAACGGCCCGCAAUUCACGGCAACUCAGUUUGAGGGGUACUUGGCUGAGGAGGGCAUCAGACAUGCCCUCUCGGCGCCUUUCCACCCGGCGUCGAAUGGACUUGCAGAACGUUUCGUUAGGAGCACAAAGGAAGCGCUAUCUAGGAUAAGUGGAAAUGCUUCCCUUUCCCUGCAGAGAUCGACCCACAGCCAAGUGGAAUCUACAAGUUCCGGUGGCCUGUGA